GCUCAGCGUUAGGUGAGUGAGACAGGUGCCCCCACCCUGCCGUACUGGGGCCUCCGCCCUCCGCCUAUCUGCGAAGCCGCGAUGCUGUUGUGGCGAGUGCUGCUCCGGCACCGGCGGCCGCCGUUCCCCGUCCACGCCGCCGGAUUCUUCACCAGCUCCGGAAGCAACACCACUGCGCCUCCUCCUGCUGGAGCGGAGGGGCUCCGCGACGAGCCGGGGGAGGAGGGCUCCCUGGCGCGGCGGGUGGAGCGGGCGGCGUCGGUCGGCGCGGCCAUGCGGGGCUGGAUGGCAGACGGCCGCGCCGUGCACCGUGGCCACGUAUUCCACGCCAUCAACCGCCUCCGACGACACCGCCUACACCGCACCGCCCUGCAGGUGUUCUGCUGAUUUCUGUACUUGUUCACGAUGUGGUGGAAAGCUUAUUUGAAUGGUGGUAAUUCACUUCUUAGUUAGCUCAUCACCGUGGAACUAGGUCAUGGAAUGGAUCGUGAGAGAGAGGCCCUACAAGCUGAGUGAGCUUGAUUACUCGUAUCUGCUGGAGUUCACAGCUAAAGUCCAUGGCAUUUCUGAAGCCGAAAGCCUCUUCCUUCGCGUGCCUCAGGAAUGCCGGAAAGAGCUCCUCUACAACAACCUUGUCAUGGCUGCUUUAGAUCUGAAUCACAUUAAGCAUUCAUACGCUUACAUGAGGAAGAUGAGAGAAUUGUCCCUGCCGAUCUCGCCGUAUGUUUACAACCGCCUGAUCAUCCUUCACUCAUCACCCGGUCGCAGGAAAACUAUAUCCAAGAUCCUUUCCCAGAUGAAAGCUGAUCGUGUGGUCCCUCACACGUCAACCUACAACAUCCUAUUGAAAAUACAAGCCAAUGAGCACAACAUUGAUGGGCUAGCCAGGGUGUUCAAUGGUAUGAAAAGAGCAAAGAUUGAGCCCAAUGAGAUCACUUAUGGCAUUCUAGCCAUUGCACAUGCUGUUGCAAGGCUAUAUACUGUUUGCCAUACAUAUGUAGAAGCCAUUGAGAAUUCCAUGACAGGUACUAAUUGGUCCACGCUGGAAAUUCUUCUUAUCCUGUAUGGAUACCUUGGGAAGGAAAAGGAGCUAAAGAGGACAUGGGAGAUCAUGCAAGACCUCCCUCAUAUUCGAUCCAAAAGCUUCACACUAGCAAUCGAAGCAUUUGGAAAGGUUGGCUCCAUUGACCAGGCAGAAAAGAUAUGGAUCCAUAUAAAAUCAACAAAGAAGUUAAGCCUUACAGAACAGUUUAAUUCUAUGUUAUCAGUUUACUGCAGGCACGGUGUUGUCGAUAAAGCAUCAUCUGUAUUCAAGGAAAUGAGAGCAAAUGGAUGCCAGCCUAAUGCUAUUACUUAUCGCCACUUAGCAUUGGGUUGCUUGAAAUCAGGUCUUGUUAAAGAAGCUUUGAACACAAUAGAUAUGGGAAAGAAGGAAGUCGUCACUAAAAAGGUGAGGAGUUCAACACCAUGGUUGGAGACCACACAUCUGUUGCUUGAGAACUUUGCAGAAAUUGGAGACUUGGAAAAUGCAAAGAGACUGUACAGUGAACUGAAUGAAUCCAAAUAUUCUCUGAAUUCCUUUGUGUAUAACACCCUCCUGAAAGCUUAUGUGAAGGCAAAAGUUUAUGAGCCGGAUUUGUCGAGGACAAUGAUUUUGAGAGGGGCAAUGCCUGACGCUGAGACAUAUAGCCUUCUCAGACUGAUUGAACAAUUCAAGAUCUAAUGCUCUAUGUGUGUUGUUGCUUUGAAGGAAAACCAGUAAACCACUGCUGGAUUUUGUCAUGCAAAAACCAUUAGAGAUACUGUGGACAGCGUGUUGCAUUCUGGCAAUCAAAUUUUUUUUGCACAGUAAUCCCAACUUCCGCACUAAUCAAUUGGAGAUAUGCAGCUAUCUUUUCUAUCAUAAACAAUUUUAGAACUGCAAGAUAUACAAUUCUUGUGCAUUCCGAAUUUUGGAAAUGUUCCUUUUUCUCAUGCAGAAGGUAUAUCAACUAGUUCAAUUUAAUAUUGGUAUAAUAUUUGUCCUCCAAUGCUGCAUUUCAUUUCAAGUACAAAAGAUGGAAUACAGGCACCCAAACAAUAAAGGAGGCCAAUUGUCUUUUAUCAUGCCACAAAGAGGUGAUAGAAAUGGUGAAUAUUUAAUUGUGUUGCUACUGGUAAGUCUUUGCAGAUCCUUGCUCCUGCGACACUUCUAAGGUGCUAGGCUGCUAGCUAUACUUAUGAGAAAACAGUAGAAGCAUCCUCCACACAAGCUUUGCCAGAACCAAGCUGAAUAAACACAAGUGCUAUUCUCUGGUUGCAGAACUGAACAGAACUCCAUUCUGCCUUUUGCCUAUACACAAAUCAAAUAUGCUCAAAUCAUCCACGCGGAAGGGUAGUGAAUGGAAUCGGAACCAACACAAAGCAAAUUUCACCGAUGAUGUGAACUUGCCAACCAUACCAAAUAAUUUGCCGUUGAGCUUGACAAUUCCCUUUGCUGUUGAGCUUGUUUCUUGAGCAGAUACUGUUCAGCUGCGAGGAUAAAGGAACCUGGAAAUUUCCGUGGAGAAGGCUCCAACUUUUUUUUUUCUACCUCAUCAAUUAGUUUAACUACAUUGGGAUUCAGGUUAGAAGUCUACAUACUGGUUAAGUGCUCAUCCGGGUACAACAUCGUGUUUUUUUUCUUUGAACUUCUGUUGCUCUUUUAGAGCUUGUAGUUUGAUCUUGUGGACCUUCUACAUCUGCUUGCUUUAUAAAUAAUUCUGCACCAAGCUGUUCUUGUUCUCCA